GUCCGUUCAAGAGCAUCACGUGAUAAAAACGAUUCCGCCCGUGCUUUAUCCGCGGCGAAACAUCGGGCCGUGAUAAGAAUUUCCGCCAUCUCCAAAAUCUUUUGAGACCAACCAAAAUCGUCUCCUAGUAUAGUUUGCGUCUGCAGAAAUACUCAGAAGGCUUAUAACCUUACCUGUUCAAUCAUUUGCUACUACCAGAUUCACAAUGGGUGUGCAAAAGAAGACUCGCAAGUUUGCGCAGAUGAAGCGCACCAUCAAAGCCCGCGAUGAACGCCUGAAGCCCGACAACAAGAAGGAGGAGGAGAAGAAGUCCAAGGAGAACGAGUUGACCCGCCAUAUCCCUGUCGCGCCCUCGAACAUGUUCUUCGCCGCCAACACCGCACUCGGGCCCCCCUACCAUGUUCUCGUCGAUACCAACUUUGUCUCGCACGCCAUCCGGGCGAAGCAGGAUCUUCUCACCUCUAUGAUGGACUUGCUGUACGCGAAGUGUAUCCCGACUUUCUCGGAUUGUACGAUUGCUGAGUUGGAGAAACUCGGCGAGAAAUACCGCUUGGCGCUCCGGACUGCCAAAGAUCCCAGAUGGGCUAGAGUUAAGUGCUCUCACAAGGGCACGUAUGCAGAUGACUGUAUUGUGGAUCGGGUCCAAAAACACCGUAUCUACAUUGUGGCGACCAACGAUAAGGAUCUGUGUCGUCGUCUUCGCAAGAUUCCGGCCGGCGUCCUCGGCCUCUCCACAGCCCUCUACCUCCAAACCCACCUUACCUCCCACCAGAAAACCACAACAAAGAUCCUCCUCCUCGCGCGCGAUCUUCCCCACACCACCUCCCUAAACUACACCUCCCCCUGGGCCGGCGCCCACUACCGCCCCGUCCCCGGCACGACCCCGCAACACCUCCGCGAAGCCUCGCAAGCCCGGCGCACAUACACGCGGUUCCAACACCUCGCAGCCCGCGAGCCCGGCGCAGGCAUCGCCCUGAUUCCAGCGGUGGAGCACCUCGAGCGCCCGCCGCCGGAGUACCUUGACCCGGCGGGGGUGGAAGCCGCGUACGGCCAUGUCGAGGGGUUUCGGGCUCUAGAACGCAAUGAACUGCCGGAUGGGGUGAUGUGGGGGGUCACGUACACGACGGCGGUGGUAAAUCCGCCGGUGUAUUGUCAGUGGUUGAUGCGGGAGUUUGUGGUUCGGGGUGGGGAGGUGAGGGAGUAUACAGUGGGGGAUGUGCGGGAGGGGUUCUUUUUGGGUGGACCCAGCAGAGAAGGUAGAGUGAGGGUUGUGGUGAAUUGUUCCGGGAUGGGGUUGGGGAAGGAUGAGAAGGCUUUUAUUAUUCGAGGACAAACUUGUCUGGUCCGAAAUCCCUGCUCCUUCACUAUGACCCGGCAGAAUAGUGAUGGGUCGUGGUCGUUCUGCAUCCCCCGUCCGCUGGCCGGGGGUACGAUCAUCGGGGGCACAAAACAGCCGCAUGACUGGGAUCCAACCCCGUCGCCGGAGACCAGAGCCCGGAUCUUGGACAAUGCGGCCAAGUGGUUCCCAUUUGCGGAAGGGAGUGAAGGCAAAUUCGAUGUUAUCCGCGAUAUUGUGGGGCGGAGGCCGGCGAGAGAAGGAGGCAUGAGGAUCGAGGCCGAGCAUCUAGACGGUGACGACGACCGUGUCGUCAUCCAUGCCUAUGGGGCUGGCGGGCGCGGGUUUGAGCUAUCGUGGGGCGUUGCGGAGGAUGUCUUCAAUCUUAUGGCGGAGCAAAGUCUCGUUCAGCAAAGGGCUGUUCUCUAAAGGAUUGUCUCUGGAGUGUCAAAGGUCUUCUAAUGAGCUGACAUGGAUAGAAUUCAAAUGGCCUAUCGAUCAACCCCUGGUUUGUGUGAAAGAAAAUGUGUACAUUAUGAUUAGAACUCCU